AUGGGCCUGCCGGACGAUCCGGCUCCGUCGUACGAAGAAUCGGUCUCCUCGCCGUCCUUCACCGGCAGCACACCUAAACAUGGCUUCGACUCGGCACCCCCUAUGCCUCUCCAAUCGCAGCUUGCUGACACUCGAUGCCAUCGCAUCAACUCCAUCCUGAGCACGUAUGUCGACCCUCUUCUUCUGUCACAAGGUCUAGCGGGGCUCUACAAAACCACGUUUGUCCUGGUGCCGUCCACUGUGUCUACUCUCCAGGAUGCCGUGAGCAACGCGUAUACUGAGUCUUUGGAGCCGCAAGUCGUCGGAUUUCCCAUGAACGAGGUGGUAAAGCUCAUCCAGCUCAGGGGCGAAGAAUAUGCGAUGGAGUUUCUCCGUCAACCUGCUGUAGUCGCUGAGCUGGAAUCAUCAAUGAAGGCGAGACUCGUCACUUCUGGACACAGAAUAUAUGAACCAUCAGAUCAGCAGAGCGAGACAACAGUUCAGUCUGCAAAGGUUCAGGCACCGAAAAAAGUCGGGUUUUGGAAGAGAGUGCGGGCACUGGAUACGCAUGACGAUGAGAUUCAAGACCGCAAGCUUGGAUGGCGGGCAGAGGAGCCACAAGCCCAAGGCUCACCGGGGAAAGUGCCAACGGGUUUGGUGAAGGUGUCUAUACAGUGGAAAGACGUUGCGUUACGAAUUGCAAAUGAAAUGGGACUGUAUGAAAGUCGGCGGGGCCCUGCUCUCUGCAUCAGUGUCGAAGUAGGAACAUAA